AAAUGAGAGACGUUUUGAUUUCAACAGUUGUCGUAGCAAUCAAAACAAGUGUCAAUUUGUUCGAGCAGAAAGCUUAUAAUUGGAAUAGUAUUAUAUUAUGUUUAUAAUUUAUACUGUGGACAUUAAAAUUGGUUAAUAAGUUUAAACUUCAUCGCUGACAAAUGCAACGUAUUUGAGGUUAAAAAAAAAAUAUACGGUCUAGAGGUCACAGACCAUUUUUGAGUUGUAGCUGAUUACAGACGGCAUCAAAAUUUGUCUCAAAAAGGGAAAGAAGGCCAUGCCUAUGAACCACACGAGCAGCAGCACGCCGCUGGAGGACAUGUCCUCCGGCCGGGCGGCGGGCGGGGGCGGCCAGUGCCUCAAGGUGUUCGUGCAGCGCGACUACAGCGAGGGCACGCUCGUCAGGUUCCAGACGCGCUUCCCGCCCGAGCUGGAGGACCGGAUCGAGCGGCAGGCCUUCGAGUACACGGUGAACCAGCUAAACGCCAUCUACUCCGAGGCGGAGAAGGCCGGGUUCAGCACGUACUGCGAGGGCUGCCUGGCGUGCCUCACCGCGUACCUCGUCUACCUCUGCACGGAGACGCACUACGAGAAGUGUCUGCGCAAGGUGGCCAGGUUCGUGGUGGAGCAGAACGAGAGAGUCUACGCGCCCAGAGGACUGCUCAUCACCGACCCCACGGAACGAGGCCUGAGAGUCAUAGAGAUAUCCGUGCUGAACGAGCCCGCGGCCACGCGGACGUGACUCUCCCUCUCGGAGUCCACGGAAGAGUUCUUCAUGUGACUGUGUGUGUGUGUUUGCGUGUCGUGUCCGCCGACGGGACCCUCCCUGCGCCCGCAAUUCCGCGCCAGAGCGAAGCAUCGAGCCAGCACCAACCCCGGUUCGACAAGAAACCAAGAAGUCUCCUUCCAGCGCGGCCGGCCACAUUCGAUUUUUCCCAAGAGUACGCGGCAUUCUGUCACCCCAAAUUUUGAAACGGAUACACUGUGGUAAAGAAAAGAAAAAAAAAAAUUAAAUAUUUGUAAGCAUAGGAUCUACAGUAUUUGCAAUAAUAAUAAUAAAAAAAGAUUGUCGGAAUCACGAAUUCAACUUUGUUCAAUCUAUUAUACACAGUAGUGACCCCACUGAUCCAGAACCCGCCUGUCCGGACAUCAGGUCAAUCCGGAUGGAAUCGGGAAAGAAAGAAAAACUGUACGAAGUUUGAUCAAAAAAAUACGGUCAAUUUUAGUUACAAACAAAGUAAUAAGCUUGCAUCAAAUUGGAACUGAACUAUUGGUAAAUACUCUCCUUGGCUAGCGACGCGCCGCACCUAUCCCAAUGUUGAUUCCAUGAUUGGAAACAUUUCUGGAAGGUUUUCCGAAAGGGUCUUCAGCUGCUCUGUCGGGGCCCCUCUCAGUGUGGGGGAUGGUGACAAAACGUUUUCCUUCUAGCACAAUAUUUUUCUGGUCUUCAUAUCCCAUUACAAAUCUUAAUGUUAACACGUUGUUUGAAAUCCAUAAUCAGAGAUACGGAAAUUUUUGCGGAUUCACUUAGUCGCAAGUUAAAAUGCAAACCUUCACACUCUCGCACUGUGUUCAUGAUUGGUCCAAAUUUAUUUGAACACGCCCCUCUACGACCGUGAGCCAACAAUAUCCAGCUAGAAAAGAAGUAACUUAGGGAAGCCUUCUUUUCACAGACGAGAGAGCCAAACGCCCAAUGUUUUUUUUUUGUUCAUUGUAAAUAAAUAUGGUGGUGUUGAUAAAAGGAUACUAAUGGUCAAUUAGGUUACGUUAGCUACAUGAUAAUUACUUUAAAACAUUGUGGACGGUUGAUUUGGUUAGGAUAGCUACAUUAAAGAUACGGAAAAAAAAGCAUGAACUUCGGGCUUUGGCUCUCUCGUCUGUGAAAAGAAGGCUUCCCAAGUAACUUAUCAGGUAGUGUCAGUGAACAAGGAUACAAAUGUUCUCUCCAAGAAAUCAGUCAGUGGAAAUUCUACCCAGAGGCCAGACUAAUAUUUGAAAUUUCUGGGGUCUCUAUCCAUGACUCACGGCAGACAUGGUAAACACGACCUCACUCAUUCGGCUUCGACUGACUAGUCACUACUUGUUCAAACUUAUUAAUGGCUGUUUCAACGGAAUCACUUCAAAUAGGUGCAGAGACAGCAGUUGCUGCCAUAUAAAAAUAAAUUCAUUGUAUUUUUUGAUCACACUUUGUACAAUUAAUAAAUUUUGGAUUUCAAUGAGAAAGAUAUGUUUUGUUAAUCCUACAUCAGUUCCUAGGAUAAAAUCCAAGGUCUACGUACGUAUACUGAAAUUGAGCUGUGGAAAGUUUUAUUGAUGAAAAGAAAAAAAAAAAUUUACCUAUCCAAAACUUAUUAUGUUCAUUUUAAGGUAAAUUUAAUUCAGUUGAGACUUUUGGUGAUCCGGACAAAGUCCAGUCUUAUCUAGUCCAGAAGAGAAGGACUCGACUCUACUAGGUUUCCCUCACAAUCAAGUUGGGUUGAUUGGUGGUGUGUAUGAUCAAAGAUUUUGAUUUAAGGUCCAUUUUGUCUGUAAAUUGAAGAUUUUUUUAUUAGUGUUUUUAAUUCUCAUGCAUUGUCAUUAUUCAUAAAAAUAGUGUAGUAUCCACCAUGAAACUAAAAUAUUUUUUAGUACUUAUUUCCUCAAAAUAUUCCUAUUUGACUGUCACAUGAUGCGUAAAUACAAUAAAAUCAUUAGUAAUAAGCAUGUCUAAAACAUAACUACUGAGAAAAAUGAAAAACAAAAAAAACCACAAAUUUGUGAGUACAUAUUUGAAAAAAUGUGCCAACGUCGUUAAUGCAAGAACAUUUUGCUAAUACGGGAUGGAAAUUCAAACCACAUAAUAAAUUUUUUUUCCAAUCCAUUUAGGUCACACAUUUUGGUGGAAAAAAAACACUUGAUGAAUUCAUCAAAGUAAAAAACAACAUUUUUGUGUUUUGAGUUAAGAUUUUUUCCAAUUGCUGAUUGAUUUAAUUUUUUUUUUGUUAAAUUUCAAUGCUUUAUGGUGUAAGUAACUGUAAUCACUUUGCAGGCUAACUAAAUCUUUAAAUAUUGCAUGGACUAUUUUGAUAUUUUUUGUCAUCUUAUGUAUAAUUCUUUUAUUCGUAAACAUGCUCUAUAUUUCGAGUACACAAUAAAUAAUAGCAAAAAAAAAAAAUUUCUGCCUUUUGAAUGGGAAUUUAUUUUCCCGCCUAGUAGAAAGAUCGCCAUGUUUAGUCACUAGGUGUGAAUACCAGGCGUGUUGGUUCAGAGAGACACAGCUAGGUCUGGACGUUGCGUGUCUGACAGGUGAGAGCAACUUCUCGAAUAAACUGCUGCUUGGCGCGCGGAACACUGUGAUAAUGGCUUGAGCGUGAGCAAAAGUGUUGAUAAACCAGACACUGAGUGAAGUCUGACAAAGAUUUGUUCAGUUCGGGCACACACGUGCAGAGCUGCAGGAAAAAAACUACGCAAUUUUAAAAUUCCCCAAGGUUGAGUGGGGGUCUGUUUACGGAAAAGCAUUCAAGAGUUCUCGAGGGUUGAAAAGUAGUUUUGGUUUACGGAUUAAUUUUUUAAACUAUGUUUUUAGAAGAGUUAAAAUGGCUAAAAGGCAUGUUAUCAGAGGAAUAUUUAGGCAUAAAACAACCGGUACAGAUUCUUUAAAGCACUUAAGACUUGCAUUACAACUUCAUCUUCAUUUCUCCGCCAUAUAAUGUUAUGGUCACCGCUCAGAUUUCAUAGUUGCCCUAUGCACGUCAGAGCGUAGCGUUUAGAGGAGAUAACGCGCUAGAAGCAACAGCGAGGGUCGCACUUAUCAGCCUGCCUCAUUAAUAGGGACCGGAAAAAUUCGCAGAUUCAAUGACCUCUAGGAGAGCCUCCAUUAUUCUCUGCAUUUCUCAAGUAAACACGCGUGUUCAUUGGGUACUAAAUUGUGAGGCGUCUCCACUGGGUAGCUUGUGAUUCGACGCUUCUUUGGUCGAUAGUCUCUCAUUGGCCCAGAGAGCUCCAGUUAAACUGCGAGCCAAUAGCAGAACCAGCAGAAUUGUACACAUGUUUGAAUUUCAGCAUAUCACGAAAUGAAUCCGCAAAUUUUUCCGGUCUCUACUCAUUAACACAGACACAACCGGGACUAGGCAGGACCCUGAACUAGCGGAGUUUAUGAAACGGGACAGUAUCUCAAGAAGAAUCCACUGCAAAUGGAUUGGGCCCAGACAUUAGUAUAAAUUUCAACCUUAAUUUUAUUCAUUGUAUAAUAAUGUUUAAUGUUUAGAGCUGAAAGACAUAUUGGUUCAAGCAAUUUUUUUUACAUUAUAACAGUUUUACUAUUGUUUAUUUUUAAAUAGUUUGGCUUUGUUAAUGUAUUAUGUACAAUUCUGCAGGAUUCCUGAAGUUAAUAGUGAUUGGCUGUUGAAAAUAGAUGUUCUUGUGGAAUCAUGAGCAUUUUUAAUUAAAUUCAUUUAGGUGUAAUAAUACUGUUAAUACUCGCUAUGUUGUGGUAUUUGAAAUUCUUUAAUGUGUUGUCGAUGCCUUAAUGAAGUCAAAUUUUCAGUCCAAAAAAUCUAUAAUAUGUUUUCUAUUGGUUCCUACACUUUCCCCUGAAAAAUAUUUUAAAAAAAAAAUUGUUUGUGAUUGUGUGGAAAACUACUCUAAAAACUGGAUUCACAUAUAAAAAUGUUCAUUCAUGUUUAAAUAAGCAGAAAAUUUUAAUUGUGUUAUGAUCUUAUGCUUACAAACAAUUGAGUUUAAGGAUAUAUGUUUUUUUUAUUAGUCCUGCACAUUCCUUUUUUUUUUUUUUUUAGUUUUGUUUUCAACAUUUUAUAUUUGCUAUUUGAAUUAAAAUUAUUUUGAGAAGUGUGAGUAUUUGUUUCAAGUGUCUCGCUACUGUAAUUUUAAAACGUUGAUUUACCAUCUUCAGCUGUUUUAGCGUAUUGUAUUGGUGUAUUUUAUUCAUGAUUUAGGGUUAAUGAUUAUAUUUUGAGUGUACUAUUUCUUAGAUAUUAAGAUUAAUAAUAAAAAAAUGAAUGUAAUUAUAGUUUUGAUAUGUAUUUGAAGGUUUAUUGAAAAUUUUUACCUGAUAAUUAUUUUGGUGAGCAACUUCUGCAGUGCUGUGGUAACGUAAACAGCUACGAAAUCUGAAUAAAGCAAAAUGAAAGAUGGUGAAAGGACUCCAGUUUCCAUGCGUACCAUAAUUUAAGGUUAUUUAAACAUUAAGCAUUCCAGCAAAUCAUUAAUGAUACAACAUUGGCUUGGAAAAUAUCGUUGUAACAAUAUGAGGAUGAAAAACAUGCAAAGAAUCUUGCAGUUGUCCGACUCAUACGUUUAUAGCAUUAAGCUGGACUCUCAAUGAUCCGUCGCAUCCGUCCGACAACAAUCCGAGCGGUUCACAAUGAUCCGCAUGUCCGUUAUAUUUUUUUUUUACUUGGAUGCUGCCAACAAAUAUUUAGUCUUAUAUUUUUGAGCAAAUUUAUCUUGUAAAUUUUUACCUGCUUGUUGAUCAUGUAUGCCAAGCAGCACUUAUAAAUGAUAAAACAAAUUCUAAAAUAGUUAUUUAAUUACCUGUGAGUUACUGUGCUCCAUUAAUUUCUUGUGUGUCUCAGACAAUUAUUGUUUCAAAUAUAAAACUUGAAAAGUUUACACAAAGUUAAAACUUAAAAACAUAAUACUGAAGCAGCUUAAAAACACAAACUAAACAAAAAUAACUUUAAAAAAUUUGUAAAUAAAGACAAUGCCCUUCAGCAUUUUUGAGGUUAUAAUUUUGUCUGUGUCGAAAGUUAACGCUUGGCAGUGUUUUUACGGAUGGAAUUUUUUCAGGCCAUCUGAUAGGCUGUAUGUCACGUGAUUGACGGAUGGAUGGAUGAGACGGAUCGUUGUUGAGUCCAGCUAAAUUCUCGGGUGAGGUUAAUCAUAAUUGUUUUAUCAUGCCCUACGAAACAUAAAGUAGUUCGUAACUUUACAUACGAUUCAGUUAUCUUUGAAAGCCUGUUCCAUUAAGAAACAUCCAAGUUGGAAUCAUGAUUAUCUUGAAUGCUACCCCAACUUCACCUGAUUUUCGGUCGAUAAGGAAGUUGCAUAUUUUUAGUUUCCUUUGUUCAGUGACAAGCCUAAUCGGAGAUCUCUGUGUUCGUAAUGUUAACUUUCCCAGCCAGGUAUUAUCACUGUAGUAAAGUCCAGUCUUACCUUUUUUUGUUACGUGCUCUGAUGUCAUUACCUCGACAUACCCUACCAGUUGUGAAGAAGUUUCGCUUCAAACAUCACGUUUGUCGAGGCCUGACAGAUGCAACCUGUGCACACGUGGGACUUCUUUAACUGCGGCACACCCCUAAACAUUUUGAGGGUUUUAUCUGGCCAAAUUAACAAUAUUGGUCAUGUAAUGCUGGGGUAAUCCCUCCUGUCUUGUUAUCUCACAGCCAGAGUAUGAGAAACUUGAAAGAUUUCACUAUAUGUUUUACGAUUAAACACACAACUUUGCUGGCUGGAAGACUUUCAACUCACUGUCAGAAAAUAAAAUCUUUUGAAGAGUAUAAUUUUAAAUUUAGUAUCAGCAUUCCUUUUUUAUUAUUUAUUUACAAAAAAAAAUAAUUUCUUCUUCCAAAGGUGAAUUAAAAAAAAAUACUAAUGUGGUUUUUUAGUGAGAACUUGGUAACGAUCCAUGGAACAUGUAAAAACCUUGAAUCCUGGCAUAUAUGCAGGAAUGGGUGUGAUCAGCCAAUAAUUUAGACCUUUUCUAUGUUUAAGUAAUGUAAAAAUUAAUGAGUUAAAGCAUUGUCGAGUGAUCCCAAUGUACAGUUCACACCCAUACCUACUGACAAUUCAAUGUUGGUAUUCAAGGUCAAUAAAGCAAGUUUUUUUUUAUUCAAAUUUGGUUUUUACAUUUUUAUAUUAGAACAUAUAAUGUAAUGGUGUAAUGAUGUAUAUUGAAUUUGUUAGUUAAUAAAAUUGUUGUACUGUUGAGUUUGUUUUGUGUGUUAAAGGAAAAAAAAAUUCAUUACUGUAAAUUAUGUUUUAUUUUAUGUAGUGAUAACAGUGUUACAGUGCUUCACACAUAUUACUUAAUUGCAAGUGUACUGACCCAAUUAUCAAUAUGGGUUUGUGCAAGUUGGUGAAGUAACGUCAACAUUUUUUUUGCAUUUAUUUACAGAGUAGUGUAGAGAGAGCGUUAUUGUCGGGAAUAUCAGCUAAGUUGUUUAUUUGUAUUAUUAUUGUAUUUGUUUUAUCUGUUUUUAUUUUAUUUGCCAGUUGAAUUCAUACCAACCAGUGUUCAGCCAAUGCUCCUGCAGAACUUGGCACUUCGAACUUAAUCCUUUUGACCACUUUUUUUUUCUUCCACCGUAAGUCUGCAAAUUCCAGAUUCAAAAGUAAGAAGAGUGAGGUGUUGCGUGUACAUAGUUAUAUCUGUAUCAUGUGUGUUCAUUGUAUUUUACUUAGACUUUGUACAUAUAUAUGGUAUUAAAAAAAAACAUACUUUCA